CUGAGCACUGAGAUUACAUUUUGUUUCCUCGUGGCCACCCUGCUGUAUAGGGCUAUGAUUGGAGCUCAGUGUUAUGUGGGAGUGACUAACAUAAGUUAGGGGAGGUAACAAGCUCUCUGCUCAGGCAGCUGAGAGCAGGAAAUGUGAGCAGUGCAUGCAGGGAAAUGUAGUCUUUGAGAUCACAGGCAUAGCCACCAUAACCAGGAAGUAACUGCAAUUUAUGAGCUGAAUAGCUGGUGAAUGGGGGCCGGAAAAAAAAUCACAAACAUGUCAGAGAGGUGGUAGGUACCAUGAACACAUCAACUCCUCAGUCAGGGGGACGCCAAAAGCCAUUGUCCCCAUCUGGAGCAUAUCUGUCUCCAGCCACUAGAUCACAGCCCGUCAGUGCCGCUGGGACCCCCACUUUACAAAACUUCACCAGUAAUGAUGAUGAAUGGGAAAGGAAACAGAGACGGAGGUCCAGGGUGAUUGACUUGCAGCUUAGUAAUGCGGAUUCCCCAGCAUCUGUCAUCUCUCCUGCUCAGAGAUCUGAGGCUAUAUCUCUCCUCCUACCCAAACUGUCCAAUGCACAGAUCUCGGACCAUUAUUCCACCUGCAUCAAGCUGUCACAGGAGAAUAGGAUAACAACAAAGAAUGCAUUUGGGCUGCACCUCAUUGAUUAUAUGGGAGACAUUCUUAAGGAGAAAGGAAGUGAACUGACCAACUUUAAGGUUGCUGCAGGUACUCUUGAUGCAAGUGCCAAAAUCUAUGCUGUGAGAGUUGAUGCAGUACAUGCUGAUGUGUACAAAGUAUUAGGUGGGCUUGGCAAAGAGUCACAAGGACAGGAUCAAUCAGAAAACCAAGGAACUGAAGAUGCCAGUCAAGAACCUCAAAAUAAAAAGCAAAGAAAAAGGCAACAUUCUGUGGAAACCAUUGAGCAGAAUCUUAACAACAUUACACGUUCAACAACAGACAGAGUUGAUCAGGUUGACCCUCUUUUUCAAAAAGCCGCUGCCUCAUUCGAUGAAUGCAGUACUGUUGGUGUAUUCCUCACUGCGCUUCGGUGCUCUGACUACCGUAGUGAGCUGCACUUUGAUGAUUACUUGAUCCCACUAUCUACUAUUGAGGAGGAAACCCUUCCUGCUCCUAACUCUAUGGACACUGCUGAGCUGAAACCUCUCUUGGUGAAUUGUGCAGAAAAGCGCCCAUUAUGUCCAUCACUCUCCAAAUUCCGCUUGAUGCAGCUGGAUGGUGAUGAGACCAUAUCUACUUUAACUGAUAAAUACAAGGAAAGCGACCAUGCCUUUGACAUACAUGCUGAAGUGGAAGAUGAUUGUCCUGAGCCUGCAGGUCCUGAGAUGGAUGAUUUUGAUGCAGAUAUGUGUGAGGGGAAUGAAAUAGAAGACCUUGGACAGUUCCCAGAACAACGUGAAGCAUGUAGAGCAGAGAGAAAGGGUGCACAGAUAACUAAAAUAGCAGAAGCGGACAUAGGUACCAUGUGCCUUCAGCUGUCUUCUUGUCCUGGAGAGUAUUCAUAUUUCAGUCCGCGCACCAUGUCCAUGUGGGCAGGGCCUGAACACUGGCGAUUUAAACCUAGACAGAAACUGGAGUCUGCUGGUGACAAGCAAAAAGUCAAGAAGACGAAAAAAAUCUUUGUGCUCGAUUUUGAAGAGGAUAUUGAUUUUAAGGUUCAUUUUUGCAAGACUAGGGCAGCUACUACACUGGCAAAGACUACGCUGGAGAACCAAAACAAGAAGGCCACCACUCUGCCAGCGGACUUCCACUAUGAUCCAGACGACAUUGCAAAGUUGAACUUAAGGCCUGCAGAUAGGAUUAAAAAGGUGGCUCCUGUGAAUCCUAGUUCUGAGCAAGAAGAUGGUAUCGGAGAAUACGAUUAUAACAACCCCAAUGAUACCUCAAAUUUCUGCCCAGCCUUACAGGUUGAUGAUGACUAUGAUGAUGACGAUGGGCCAUUCAUGGGAGCCGGCGAUGAAUUUCCAGUGUGCAAUGGGACAGAAGGCAGUAGAUUAAAUUUGGAUGGUGAACACAACCUUAUUGCAGAACCACAGAAGGUAAACAGAAUAGAAAUAAAUUAUGCUAAAACAGCCAAAAAAAUGGACAUGAAGCACCUGAAAACAAGUAUGUGGGGGCUGCUAACACGAGACCCACUAAAAGAUGAGGAGCCAGCAUCUAAGAAUGAAGCGGAGGCUGCAGUUGUGAAGGAUAAAAGAGCUUUUAGUAACAUUACACUUGAUCUACAAAAGAGGUUACCCACCACCAUGGCACAAAACCUCUCUGUCCCCUUGGCCUUUGCUUGCCUUUUGCAUCUUGCUAAUGAAAAAAAUCUAAAGCUUCAAGAAGUGGAUGAUUUGUCUGAUGUGAUGAUAAUGCAAGGCGAAUGACCUCAUGUCCUAAAAGACACCCUACGAGAAUCCUAACCCUUGUGACUAUGAAUUUUUUUCAUCCUUCCAUUCUCUGCAU